AUGAUUAAAAUAGACAUGGCAUUUAAUGGUGGCUCUAUCUUUUUGGAUGCUUGCUGGUGGUUGUGGCGUGCUAGGAACAAAUUGUGUCUUGCGAAUGUAGUGGUAUCUUCCUAUACUUUGAUACUUAUCAUAGUGAAUUAUGAAAAUAUUUUAGCUAAAUGUUUUCUCAAGCAUAAUAUGUCUCAUCCAACGAGAAUGAUCACAUGGAAUACACAGAAAGGUAGUAAUAUAAUUUUGAAUGUUGAUGGAAGUAGCAUCGGUAAUCCCAGCGUCUCAGGUUUUGGUGGAUUGGUUCGAAAUGCUGAUGGUGCUUGGGUUCACAAUUUUGCGGGUAAUAUUGGUUAUUCCAACAUUCUUCAUGUUGAGCUAAUUAUGCUAUAUCAUGGUUUGCGUAUAACUGUUGAAGCAAUAAAGUGGCAACCAAAACUUAUCUCAGAGUUUGUUAAGGCUUGGCAUCAUUAUGUCGCGAUUCUUCAUAACAUUAAAGAACUUCCCUCUAGGGAAUGA